AUGAACAACCCAGCACCGAUGGUGGGCUACUCCGGGCUGGCGGGACAGCCCGGGCCUGUACAGCCCGGCACGGUACAGCCGCAUUUGGCUUCUGUCUUAAACACUCCUGGAACGCUUCAACAACAAUUGCAUAUGCAACAACCACAUUCGCAAAUGGGAAUGAACGGGUCGCUUUCGCAGAACCCGUCGAUGGGUCCCUCACAACAGGGCGUUCCUCCAGGACUACUUAGCGGUCAGCCCGGCGGUUUGCCAGUUUCAAAUGCGGUUUCGGGAGCGGUCUCCAAUGCUGGAAAUCCCCUUUACCAUCCACACCAAGGAGAUCCUUCGAUGCUGAACAAUCCAAUAUGGAAACUGCAAUUGCAACUGGCGGCCGUAUCGCGACAAUCAAUGGGCCAGCCCAACGUUUACGCACGGCAAAGCGCCAUGCGUAAGUAUCUACUUACCAAAACACAGGGGAAUGCGGGUGUUUCGGCUCCAGCCUCGACUCCGGCAGCAGCAGCAGCUGCUGCUGCUGCCAGUGUUGCUGCUGCGACGCUGGCUGCAGGAAGACCUUCUUCCCCCGCUAGUGCAGCCAACACGGGAACUUUGAACGAAAUGUCUGCGUCGCUGGUGGAUAAUACCAAACAACUGCUUCUGGAUCUGGCCACAGAGCCAACAGUGGCAAAAAACUCGGUGAUUCCAUCGUCAAGCGCCGUUUCAACCCCCAUUACGCCCAGCGCCGAAUUAAACGGUCCAGGACACAACCCUUCAACCCCCUCAUUGCUGCAACAGCACAAGAAACUGUCCCAGUAUAAUAUCGACGAAGAUGACGAAAUUGAGCACCGUAUGACUGCUCCCACCACCACGAAACACGACGACCAACUAUGGCACGCACUGGACUUGUCAAACUUGCAACUUUUCAAUCUCAGUGCGUCGUUGUUCAAAUACGAGUUUUUGACUAGGCUUUAUUUGAAUGGUAAUAAUUUGACAUCAUUACCCAAGUCUGUCAAGCAACUCAGAAAUUUGAGGGUACUGGAUCUGUCACAUAACAAGUUGACCGAACUUCCUGCGGAGUUAGGGCUCUGUCAUGAGCUCAAGUAUCUGUAUUUCUUUGAUAAUAUGGUUUCAGCGCUACCUUGGGAAUUCGGUAACCUUUACAAUUUACAGUUUCUCGGUUUGGAGGGAAAUCCAAUGGAUCGGCAAAUGAUCAAAAUACUUACGGAGAAAUCUGUAACGGGCUUGAUAUUCUAUUUGCGGGACAAUGCGCCUGAAAUACCGCUUCCUGUUGACAGGAAAUUCAUCGACGUCAACGUUGAUGGCGAACCUGUUGACGAGUACGCAUCAUUGCAAGAGUCCGAGUCUCAUCUCAACCGUGAGACAUCGAAGAGGUCAUUUACGUUACUGUCGUACAAUACUUUGUGUCAGCACUACGCAACACCUAAGAUGUAUCGCUUUACGCCAUCAUGGGCGCUCAGCUGGGACUACAGACGUGAAAAAUUGAAAGAACAAAUUCUGGGUUAUAAGACAGACUUGAUUUGCAUGCAAGAAGUCGAAGCCAAGACGUACGAUGAGUUUUGGGUACCACUUUUGCGGGAGCACGGUUACACUGGUAUUUUCCAUUCCAAGACAAGAGCACGCACCAUGCACGCCAAAGACUCUAAGAAAGUGGAUGGAUGCUGUCUUUUCUACAAAGACGCCGAAUUCAAGCUUGUAUUCAAAGAAUCGAUCGAUUUCAGCAGUAUAUGGAUGAAACACAAGAAAUUCCAACGCACCGAAGAUUAUCUAAAUCGUGCCAUGAACAAGGACAAUGUUGCCCUGGUGGCUCAAUUACAACAUAUCAAGAGCAGCGAGCACGUGUGGGCGGCCACGACACAUUUGCAUUGGGAUCCACAAUUCAACGACGUCAAGACUUUCCAGGUAGGUGUAUUGCUCGACUAUUUGGAAAAAACUAUCAAGGAACAUCACAGCUGCAGCAGUGCUCAAGAGGUCAAGAAAGUUCCCGUGGUCGUAUGCGGUGAUUUCAACUCUUCACUCGAUUCUGCAGUUUACGAGCUGUUGAGUACGGGCUCUGUCCGUGAACACACAGAUAUCAAUGGUCGCGACUUUGGCUAUAUGUCACAGAAGAACUUUGCGCAUAAUUUACCUCUCAAAUCCAGUUACGACGUUAUUGGAGAGCUACCUUUCACCAAUCUCACCCCUCUUUUCACCAAUGUCAUCGACUACAUAUGGUUUUCUCCACAGGGGCUGCGUGUACGCGGUGUGCUGGGUGAAAUUGAUCCCGAAUAUGUUUCCAAAUUCAUUGGAUUUCCCAACGACAAAUUUCCAAGCGACCACAUUCCACUGUUGACUCGUUUCGAGUUUACCAGAGGCGUUGGUGGUAGUAGGAAGGCGUGA